GUCCGACAUGAGUGCUACAUUUCUUCGGGUCAACGUAAAUGACAAGAUUAUGCCGCUACCGUACUGCAAAUUCGGGCCUGGCUUAUCUUGUCCGCUGGAGGAGUUUGUCAGCCACGUAACUAGGAGGAGGGUUGAAGUGGGAGAUUUUGGAGACGUGUGUGGUCUAGAUGAUGUCGGAAGAAUCACAUUUCUUCGGCAAGGGCAAGACUGACAGCAACAAACAUCUAUACCUCCAGAUAUAGACAAGCAGAGAGACGCCAUUCCACCUUUCAUGUCUCUG